GGCGGGACUUCCGGCGGGUGACGCACCCGGGAUCGGCUACAAAAGACGACGGCUGCGGCGCGCCGGGCGGAACUUUCCAGAACGCUCGGUGGGAGGCGGAGGAGCGGCGGCUGCCCGAGCAGCGCACAGCUAAGCGCUCCUUUCCGCUUCACUGCGUGGGCCUCUGCCCUCUCACCGGCUGUAGAAAAUGGUGAAAGAAACCACUUACUAUGAUGUUUUGGGAGUCAAACCCAAUGCCACUCACGAAGAAUUGAAGAAGGCAUAUAGAAAACUGGCUUUGAAGUACCACCCUGAUAAGAAUCCAAAUGAAGGGGAGAAGUUUAAACAGAUUUCUCAAGCUUAUGAAGUUCUCUCUGAUGCAAAGAAAAGGGAGUUAUAUGACAAAGGAGGAGAACAGGCAAUUAAAGAGGGUGGAGCAGGUGGUGGUUUUGGUUCCCCCAUGGACAUCUUUGAUAUGUUUUUUGGAGGAGGAGGAAGGAUGCAGAGAGAAAGGAGAGGUAAAAAUGUUGUACAUCAGCUCUCGGUUACCUUAGAAGAUUUAUAUAAUGGUGCCACGAGAAAACUGGCUCUGCAAAAGAAUGUGAUUUGCCAUCAGAUAGGACCUGGAAUGGUUCAGCAAAUUCAGUCUGUGUGCAUGGAGUGCCAGGGCCAUGGAGAACGGAUCAGUCCUAAAGAUAGAUGUAAAAGCUGCAAUGGAAGGAAGAUAGUUCGAGAAAAGAAGAUUCUGGAAGUUCAUAUUGACAAAGGCAUGAAAGAUGGCCAGAAGAUAACAUUCCAUGGUGAAGGAGACCAAGAACCAGGAUUGGAGCCAGGAGAUAUUAUCAUUGUGUUAGAUCAGAAGGACCAUGCUGUUUUUACUCGACGAGGAGAAGACCUUUGCAUGUGUAUGGACAUACAGCUGGUUGAAGCAUUGUGUGGUUUCCAAAAGCCAAUAUCUACUCUUGACAGUCGAACCAUAGUCAUCACCUCUCAUCCAGGUCAGAUUGUCAAGCAUGGAGAUAUCAAGUGUGUGCUAAAUGAAGGCAUGCCAAUUUAUCGUAGACCAUAUGAAAAGGGUCGCCUAAUCAUCGAAUUUAAGGUAAGUUAUAAAGUACUUAAGAAUAUUUGAGAAUUGGCUGUAUGUGGUAGCUCACACCUAUAAUUCUAGCAUUUUGGGAAACCAAGCUGAGAGGGGAUUACUGUGGCCAUCUG